AUGCAGCUGGACCCCAAGCCUAGCAGGGCUGGAGCCCACAGCCGAUUCCUGCCCCUGCAGUCACAGUGCCCCGAGGGGGCAGGGGACGCAGUGAUGUACGCCUCUACUGAGUGUAAGGCCGAGGUGACGCCCUCCCAGCAUGGCAACCGCACCUUCAGCUACACGCUGGAGGACCACACCAAGCAGGCCUUUGGCAUCAUGAACGAGCUGCGGCUCAGCCAGCAGCUGUGUGAUGUCACGCUGCAGGUCAAGUACGAGGAUGCACCAGCCGCCCAGUUCAUGGCCCACAAGGUGGUGCUGGCCUCAUCCAGCCCCGUCUUUAAGGCCAUGUUCACCAACGGGCUGCGGGAGCAGGGCAUGGAGGUGGUGUCCAUCGAGGGCAUCCAUCCCAAGGUCAUGGAGCGCCUCAUCGAGUUCGCCUACACGGCCUCCAUCUCCAUGGGUGAGAAGUGCGUGCUCCAUGUCAUGAACGGCGCCGUCAUGUACCAGAUUGACAGUGUUGUCCGUGCCUGCAGUGACUUCCUGGUGCAGCAGCUGGACCCCAGCAAUGCCAUCGGCAUUGCCAACUUCGCCGAGCAGAUUGGCUGUGCUGAGCUGCACCAGCGCGCCCGGGAGUACAUCUACAUGCACUUCGGGGAGGUGGCCAAGCAAGAGGAGUUCUUCAACCUGACCCAUUGCCAGCUGGCGACACUCAUCAGCCGGGACGAUCUGAACGUGCGCUGCGAGUCGGAAGUCUUCCACGCCUGCAUCAACUGGGUCAAGUAUGACUGCGAGCAGCGGCGUUUCUACGUGCAGGCGCUGCUGAGGGCCGUGCGCUGCCACUCGCUCACGCCCCACUUCCUGCAGAUGCAGCUGCAGAAGUGCGAGAUCCUGAAGUCGGACUCCCGCUGCAAGGACUACCUGGUCAAGAUCUUCCAGGAGCUCACGCUGCACAAACCCACGCAGGUGAUGCCCUGCCGGGCACCCAAGGUGGGCCGGCUCAUCUACGCGGCUGGUGGCUACUUCCGCCAGUCACUCAGCUACCUGGAAGCCUACAACCCUAGCGAUGGCACAUGGCUCCGACUGGCAGACCUGCAGGUGCCACGUAGUGGCCUGGCAGGUUGUGUGGUGGGCGGGCUGUUGUAUGCCGUGGGCGGCCGCAACAACUCACCGGAUGGCAACACCGACUCCAGUGCCCUGGACUGCUAUAACCCCAUGACUAACCAAUGGUCACCCUGCGCCCCCAUGAGUGUGCCACGCAACCGCAUCGGGGUUGGGGUCAUUGACGGGCACAUCUAUGCCGUCGGUGGUUCCCAUGGUUGCAUCCACCAUAACAGUGUGGAGAGGUAUGAGCCGGAGCGGGACGAGUGGCACUUGGUGGCCCCCAUGCUGACGCGAAGAAUCGGGGUGGGGGUGGCUGUCCUCAACCGUCUGCUCUAUGCUGUCGGGGGAUUCGACGGGACAAACCGCCUCAAUUCGGCUGAGUGUUACUACCCAGAGAGGGAUGAGUGGCGAAUGAUCACACCCAUGAACACCAUCCGAAGUGGGGCAGGAGUCUGCGUCCUGCACAAUUGUAUCUAUGCCGCGGGGGGCUACGACGGUCAGGACCAGCUCAACAGUGUGGAGCGCUACGAUGUGGAGACAGAAACGUGGACCUUUGUAGCCCCCAUGAAGCAUCGGCGGAGCGCCCUGGGGAUUACUGUGCACCAGGGGAGGAUCUACGUCCUUGGAGGCUAUGAUGGUCACACGUUUCUGGAUAGCGUGGAGUGUUAUGACCCAGACACGGACACCUGGAGUGAGGUGACCCACAUGACGUCUGGCCGGAGCGGGGUUGGCGUUGCUGUCACCAUGGAGCCCUGCCGGAAGCAGAUCGACUUGCAGAACUGUACCUGCUGAGCCAUUUUUAUUUCCUGGGCAAAAAAAUGGUCCAAUUGACAGUAUUGUAUUUGUACAAAAAUAAGGACCCAAGAAAAGGCAACAGAGCAAACCCGCCUCCUUUAGGAUGGGAGUGUGGGAUGCCUCAGUGUUAAAAACAACAACUUGAAGGCAAAGAAAGCUGGAGCAGGAACCCAAGUCAAAGAAGCCCUGGGAAUGUCUGAGACAGCCUGCCUGCAGAGUGGUGUGGGAAGGGCAGGCUCGUGGCAGAGAGGCCCCCAACCCACUGGCCAGAAGUUCGGCCUGGGUCCCACACCAGCAGCUGCCACCUUUUGAGGUGAAAGCAGGUGCCGAGGUCAGGCUGGUUUUUGUUCCCGGCAAUGGUGUGACUGGUUCCUGGAGGACUGGUAAGGGGCCAAGUGAGGCCUCAGAGGUCGAGGCCCCUGUGGAGGUGUGGACCCCAGGGAUGGGCUUGUACAUAGAAACCACUGGAUCUCUCUGCCCUGGACAGUCAUUUUAUUGAUAAGUAACCCUGUAACUUUCCAGUGAAAAUAAAGAACAGACUAACUAGUGUCUUCCACCCGGCUCUCAGCUGGAGGCCUUAAACUGGGCACAGAAAGGGCUCUGGAAAUGCACUGAGUCUUGAUUUCAGGCUUGUAUUUGAAGCCAGUUAUCUCUGAUCAUCGCAUCCUGGUAUGUAGGCCAUCUCCCCACAGGCAGCCACACACGACUCAUUGUCUCAGGUGCUGAUGUUUGGAAGGCAAUGACCUAACUCUUUGACACAUCUCCUGGAGCCCCUAAGGUUAAUUUCUUUUCUUUUUUCAAUCAGCAGGGUCUGGUAAUAAUCCAAAACCCAAUCAAUUGACUUCAAGUCAAUUCCAACUCAUAGCAACCCUACAGGACAGAGUAGAACUGCCCCAUAGGGUUUCCUAGGCUGUAAUCUUUUCAGGAGUAGGCUGCCACGUCUUUCUACUGUGGAGCGGCUUGUGCGUUCGAACCGCUGACCUUUCAGUUAGCAGCCGAGCACUUACCCACUACGCCACCAAGGCUCCUUGGUCUGAUAAUAUGUGUGUUAAAUUCCUUAAGGAAUUAACAGAUGUUAUUAGUUUUCAGUUGCUGUCCAGUCAUUCCCGACUCACUUGUGGCCCCAGGUGUGUCAGAGUAGAACUGCGCUCCAUAGGGUUUUCAUGGCUGUGAACUUUUGGAAGCAGAUCCCCAGGUAUAAGAUUAAUUUCAAUCACAGUGUGCAGUUUAUAUUUUAAGGCUGACCGUCCCCAACAUGCCUUUCCAAUUUGGUGAAAAUCUAUCCAGACAUUUUUUUAUGAGCUGCAAUAACGCAGACUGGACCUUUGUUUUAUUUAGAUGCUUGGAUAUUAAAAGGGCAGAGGAGUUCCCGAGAGAUGGAGUUGUUUGGGAAUUAUUUUAGGCAAGGGGUUCGGACACUGGCCCGUUCUGAACAAUUUGUGCGAAGGCAGUAUGUGGCCCGGGUCUUCUGCCAGUCAGCUCUAUACGUGCUGGGGGUGGAUAAAAGAUGGACAAAAUAGGGUCACAACUCUUGGGGACUUCACAGGUUUUUCCAAUCGCUUACAGAGAAAACACCGAUGCCUUCUCUCAGGGUCUCAGAAGAAACCUGGUACCUCCCCUCUCUGCAGCCUCACUCAGUUCUGGAAGACUCCAGGAGUUCUCUGGCCCUAAUCCUAAAGUUUCUGUGGAACAAGAAAAUAAAUCUGUGUUGACUUCAUCAAAUGGGUGGGGAAAGACUGGAAAUUAUAAGCAUAAUAUCUAGCUAGCCUUUUAGCAUUUACAAAGUACUUCUACACAUAUUGGAGCCCUGGUGGUGCAGCUGUUGAGAGCUUGGCUGCUACCCAAAAGGUCAGCAGUUCAAAUCCACCAGCCACUUCUUGGCAACCCUAUGGGGCAGUUCUACUCUGUCCUAUAGGGUCGCUAUGAGUUGGAAUCAACUUGAUGGCAACAGAUUUGGUUUUCUAUACAUAUUAUUUGAACCUCACAAUAGCACUGUGAGCUAGAAAGGGCAGGCAUGAACUCUUUUCUUUUUCAGAUACAGAAGCAGGGGCUCAGAGAAGUGACUAGCCCAAGGUCACACAGCCUGUAAGUGAUGAAGUACAGAUUCGACCUUUGGAGCCUGACACGAAAGCAGCCAUUGUCAGCCACAGCUGGCUACCUACUACUGUUCCAUUUGAGAGCAGGAACAUUAAAGAGGGCUUGUGGAGUCAGUGAAGGAGCCCUGGUGGCGCAGUGGUUAAG